AUGCGCGGCUGUACAGAACAACUGAGGCAAAUUGUUACCGAUGAAGUUUGGGUGAACUCGUUGUUUGAGAACUGGUAUGCUAAUCAAAUGAAAAUGAUUCAUGAAUGGCUGACGGAACGAUUGCAGCAGUCGUUAAGCCCUUACCAGUUCACUUGCCUCAGCUUCAUAGUCAAGAAAGUGUACAAUGACUUUGAAUUGCAAGGAAUUGAUGAUGAGAAGUUGAAUGAUAAAGUAUAUCAGUCGAUCAACAGGAGAUUACAACUGGAGGAAGCAAACGUUGCAUUGCACGAGCAAAGCAAUGGACACGCUCCAUCCGUGUUCCCAACAUCGCUGGGUAAUGCUAGCGCAGCUGUCUCAAAUGUUUCCAGCAUGGUUGAAGGUGCUGGCGCUAAAGUCUUCUCUUUCUUCAAAUGA